AUGGGGCUGGCAAAUGACACAAGGGUGAAAGAAUUUAUUUUUCAAGGGCUGACCCAGUCCCGGGAGCUGAGCUUGGUCUUAUUUCUUUUCCUAUUCCUGGUGUACGCGGCAAUCGUGAUGGGAAACCUCCUCAUCAUGGUCACCGUGAUCUACGAGGCUCGCCUGCACACCCCCAUGUACUUCCUGCUCCGCAAUCUCUCUGUCCUGGACAUCUGCUUCUCCUCCAUCACUGCCCCCAAGGUCCUCGUGGACCUGCUGUCCCGGAGGAAGACCAUCUCCUUCCAGGGCUGCAUGACCCAGAUCUUCUUCUUCCACCUCCUCGGUGGAGCAGAUGUUUUUUCUCUCUCUGUCAUGGCCCUGGACCGCUACAUGGCCAUCUCCAAGCCCCUGCACUACGUCACCAUCAUGAGUAGGGGGCGCUGCUCGGCCCUCAUUGUGGCCUCCUGGGUGGGGGGCUUUGUCCAUUCCAUUGUACAGAUUUCCCUGUUGCUUCCGCUUCCCUUCUGUGGACCCAACGUGGUUGACGGCUUCUACUGUGACGUCCCCCAGGUCCUCAAACUCGCCUGCACCGACACCUUUGUUAUCGAGCUGCUCAUGAUUUCCAACAACGGCCUGAUCUCCACCCUGUGGUUCAUUUUCCUGCUGUUGUCCUACACGUUCAUCCUAAGGAUGCUGAGGUCUCAGGCCGGGGAGGGCAGGAGGAAAGCCAUCUCCACCUGCACCGCCCACAUCACGGUGGUCACCCUGCACUUUGUGCCCUGCAUCUACGUGUAUGCCCGGCCCUUCACUGCCCUCCCCACUGACAAGGUCAUCUCCGUCAUCUUCACCGUCAUCUCCCCGCUGCUGAACCCCUUAAUCUACACCCUGAGGAACCAGGAGAUGAAGUCAGCCAUGAGGAGGCUGAAGCAAAGACUCGGGCCUUCCAAGAAGGAAUAG